UGAACUCCUGUAGUGUGGUUAGACAGUUAAGUGAGCGACACCACGAUGAUAACUGGGAGGUGACUAAGUUCUGAAAUUUUAAAUGGGAAAUGAGUAAGUGUUGAGGUUAAAAUUGGUAUGAAAGCUUGAGAGUUCUGCUUAUCAUUUCACAUAGUCUACUAUCCAGACAUACCACACAGGACCAGCAGGUACUGUUUCACCAAUGAUGAAAACAACUUGCCCUCAAUUGAAACAAGCCCUGUAUCACUCCUGGUCCUCUGCUGCAGACCUGUACACAACAAACACCAGGCAGGGCUGGAGAAACCGAUCAGUCCUCUUGAUCAUCUGUCUCACCUUCAGUCUCAUCCUGAGCUCCUUCCUCCUCCUCUACCUGCUCUAUGUCCUGCAGUACGGCCUGAUGGUGGCUGCUGGGAUAGCAGGCUCCUGUUGGGUGGCAGUGGGGGCCUCUCUGUUCCUCUCUAAGAGGGUGCGGUGCUUUGGGGUUCUGUUUGUGCUGUCUUGUGGGAUGAGGCAGGGCCGGAACGUUCUCAUCACCGCCGGGACAAGUUUGGUGGUUCUCAAGCACGUCCAGAACACGCUGGAGAACAUCACAGGGCUCAGUAGGAGUAUGGUGUGCAACCUGCAGGCCAAGAGGGUGUCCAUCGACACCACGCCGCUCUGUAACUACGUCAGGAUGUUGAGAUGGGUUGGCGACGUACUCCGAGCGUUCACAGAUUUCGGGGUGGCGGAGUUGGUUUAUGAUCUGGAGGUCACGUCCAGAGGAGACUCUGAGAAGUUGAGGGAGAGGCUGGUUGAAGCUGAGAGGACUCUAAAUGGAACUGCAAAGAGCAUCUGGGCUGCAGUGGACACGCUGUCCUCUGUAAGUCAGAGACUUUUCCCUGCCUUCAGUUUCCUCCUGCUGAUGGGCUUCACAGUGCUGCACUUGAGGAGAUAUUGCCACAACAAGAAAUAUGAAAACGUGUACAUAACCAGGACGUUCAUAAAUUUUGAUGAGAAGCAGAAGGCAGAAGGAAGGCCUCCAGUGCUCCCCCUCACACCGAAGGAGGCUAGACGCUACAUCACCAUCCCUUCCCCUCGACUCAGGGCCACGGAAGGGAAAGCCAUACUGAAAUUCAGUUUCCCAGUGUUCACCCAUUGUCUAGCCUGGGUCUUGUUCAUAGGUGUUGAUGUACUCAUGUUUUGGUUUGUUGAGGUCAUCAGAACGCGACUUCAUGAGCUAGAGCCAUUUCAUGUUCCUUUGAUUAUGAACAUAAACGAAGACAUGACCAUUAUUGGUGUCCCCAUUUCAGAGGAGAUCAACAGGAGGGAUUUCUCCUACCAGGUGUCCAUCUUUGAGAAGAGUUGCCUUCCUAAACCUAGAUUAGUACUCUAUGACUCCAUCCUGCCUCUGGUUGUGUUACUAGCUGCCCUUCUCAGCAUGUCCCUGAUGUCUGCCAAGCUCACACAGAUCAGGCUCGUGGUGUGUGAGCAGUUCUUCUCCACCAAUGCCGAGGAGAGGGUGGAGUUUCUGCAUGCUAAGAUCCUGAAGAAGAGAUCAAGAAAGGAAGGGAACAGGAAAGCUGAGGAAAGCAGUCUGAGAUCCCUCAUCAAGAAGCCAGAUUUCUGGUGUCCAAUACUCUACAGACCACAGGAGUAUGACAAUGUUCAGCAAGCAAACUAGACUUUCUGCUGCCACAGGAAGAAGUGAGAGACACACUUUUUUUUUGAAAAUGUGAAUUGUGAAAUGUGAGUUAUGAAACAUGUUACAUUAUAUAACAACUCAAAUCUAGACUAAUGACAUGUUGUCAUUGUAAAUACAUACAGUAUUUCAGUUUGUUAAUUCAUGUACCUGUAUAAAUAAAGGUUAAAUGAUGGUUACCAAGGUUUCCAAGCAACAUUUUGAAGCAAUCUAAUGUGAGAUGAAAAUAGUUCAAACAUUGAAUAAUUGGUACAAAAUUACACUUAAUUUUAAAGAAUAAAAACACCUCAAAAACAGCCAUCAAUCCCAGUAACUGAGAUAUAAACGUCUUGUAUCUCUAUGUCAUGUCUUUAACUUCUGCAUUUUCUUCGUUGUUACCAUGCCCGUGGAGUUUGGAUGAUCAUAAGUGCACAGGGUAAUUGUCUGCAAUGAGAACACAAAGCUCUGCAAAACAUGAUAUCUGUUUCAGUUGUUUAAUGUCGAUCAAAAACAACAGGGACAGUUGUGCUGACAUCAUCACGCAAACCAUACCUUCCCUAAAUGUGCACGCCACUAUUCAGUUCCCAUCAUGCACUUGGUGUUUAGUCACACCCCAUUAGCAUUAUAUCCAGACGCCACAAUGCUCAUCUACCACAGUGAUUGUAGUGGGUCCUGACACAUUCCCCUUCACAGAAUGCUGACAGUCAGUCAGGAGACGUACCCCUCUAAGCUUCUGUAACGUUGAAAUAUGACGUUACAUUUACCAGAUUAUUUAGUGUCAAGGUAUUUACAGUGGGGUUGGAAAUUAUUGGCUACCUUUUUUAAGAUCAACAAAAAUGACUGCUUAAAAUAAAUCCUUCAAAUACUGAGCUAUAUUGUAUACUCCAAAAAUUUGGGAAAUUAUAUUAUUUAUACUAAUACAAUUUCUGAGAGAAGGAUUUUGCUUAAUUAACAAGUAAUAUAUUUUUUUUCUCAAACAUUUAGGGGUAAACAAUAUUGACACCCCUGUUUUCAAUACCUUUUAAUAUCUCACCUUGCCAGAAUAAUGACACUGAGCUUUUUCAAAGAAAAAUCUGAGUUGGAGAACACAUUGGGAGGGAUCUUAAACCAUUUCUCAAUACAGAAUCCUUCCAGAUACGUGCUCCUAUGGACUGCACAAAUUAAUUCAAACCACAGGUUUUCAAUGGGUUUCAAGUCCGGAAACUGAGAUGACCAUUGCAAAAUUAGGAUUUUUCCAAAUAAAUAAUAUAAUUUCCCAUUUUUUUGGAGUGUACAAUAUAGCUCACUAUUUUAAUGAU